CCAGUUUCUGGGGAAGUCGUUCAGCGGUUCUUCGCUGCGAUCAAUACCUGCCGUUAAUCUAAGACCCAGGGUCAAGGCGACCUAAUGCUGCCAAAAUGGCGGCACGAGAGCGAGGCGUGUGCACACGACGAGCCAGUUUCAAUGAAAGAGAGGUCAUGAGAGGAUGCUUGUCAAAGUGAUCAGGAGAAACUGAUGCCCAGUCACUUUAGGGGGGACCCUGUGUAUGAGUGCACACAUUCUACUGGACAACAUGGGUCAGUCUUCCGGAAAACGUCCUUCCACAGAUCCAGGUGAAAAUGGAAGCGCAAACCUCCUUCCUACCACCCCUACCUCCCCCACUACUCCAGCAACACCCGGUGUUACGGACCACCUACAACCAACACAGGACCACCCACAGGUGUAUCGGUCCCGAUGGCUGAUGUUAGCGCUGUUUAGUAUCUACAGCUUCAGUAGCGCCUUUCAGUGGAUCCACAUCAACAUCAUCGCUAACGUCAUUCUCCGCUUCUACAACGAGAGCCUCCCCGAGGACGCCUUCCAGAGGGAAACUGCCAUUGACUGGUUGUCGAUGUUGUACAUGCUGGCGUACAUUGUUUUAGUCAUCCCGGCGACGUGGGUACUAGACAAGAAGGGUCUACGUAUCUGCCAUAUUCUUGGGUCUCUUCUGAACGCCAUAGGGGCCUGGAUUAAAUGCGCCAGUGUGAGUGGGGACAGAUUUGCGGUGCUUAUGUUUGCCCAGACAAUAUGUGCUUGUGCUCAAAUGUGGGUCAUAGGAAUCCCUGCACGGUUAGCCGCUGUGUGGUUCGGGCCCAACGAAGUGUCCACAGCAACCUCUAUAGGUGUAUUUGGUAACCAGGUGGGUGUGGCAGCUGGAUUCCUCUUACCCCCAGAAAUAGUCCCCAACUCCGCCAGUCUAGACGAUGUAGGUAGAAACCUCAGUAUAAUGUUCUAUGGGACGGCCGCCUUCACCACGCUGCUCUUCUUGGCCAUAGUUGUAGUACUGAAGGAUGCGCCUCCCAAGCCUCCCAGUCGGGCUCAGAUGCUGGCUGUGGAAGCUUCUAAAAACGAGGACUACCUGUCAUCCCUGUUCAGACUGCUCAAGAACCCGGGAUUCAUCAUCCUUACAAUAUCCUACGGAAUCAAUACUGGGUCUUACUAUGCUAUAUCAACGCUGCUUAACGCUGUAGUCCUAAACUAUUAUGAGGGUCAGGAACAAAACGCUGGUCGUAUUGGUCUGACUAUCGUCCUGGCAGGGGUGCUGGGGUCAGUGGUGGCUGGAAUAUGGCUGGACAAGACGAAGACAUUCAAGGGCACCUCGCUCACAAUCUACAUCCUGUCAAUGGUGGGCAUGGUUGUGUUCACAUUCACCAUGAAUCUGGGGCACAUCUGGAUCGUAUUCCUAACAGGUGGAGCAUUAGGUUUUUUCAUGACGGGUUAUCUGCCAGUGGGCUUUGAGUUUGCGGCAGAAAUUACAUUUCCCGAAGGCGAAGGCACUUCUUCUGGUCUUCUCAAUGCAUCUGCUCAGUUUUUUGGCAUCAUCUUUACGAUCGGGAUGCGGGCGAUAAUGAACCGUCUUGGAGUGCUCGCUGGCAACCUUACGCUGGCUGUGGCUCUAUUGGUCGGCAGCAUCAUGACGGCAUUCAUCAAAGCGGACUACAGGCGACAGAAAGCUGAGAAGGAGUUUUUCGCCAAAUUGGACAACAUCGAGAUUGAAGUUCGAGAAACCAACGAAGAGAGGAACGCGGAGCUAGCACAUGAAAUCAUCUAGCCACCUUCAACACAGCGAGAACAACACAACAUUCAGAGUGUGCUAUCGAAAUCAAAAUGACAUUAAAUCGGAUAUGAUUCUGUCGGCUUGAAUUUUAUCCGAAAAUAUUAUAAUGGCCAGUAGAAAUGAUAUUGACCUUUGUGGGAAUUUUCUGACCUUCACUUGACUCCUUUUGCAUUCAGUUUCCAUUUUUGUGGAUUCAGAUUAAUGUUUGCCUUUACAGGUCGGCUCGUCUUUCCUAUAAUGUUCCUGGUGACCACGUGGUGUGCCUGUUAAAAGCGAGCGUGAUUUACAGACGUAUGUGUUUAUGAAGCUAAAACAAAAUCCGUAAAUCUCCGACACUCGGAUUUACUCGGUUUAGUCCGCCAGUUUGAUAAUACCUCUGGCAGAAGUGGCGAUCUUACAGUGAUGUUAUAUAAUCAGUCUCACGUGAGAUACCUCCGUUUGAAGUUCCUACCGUGACGAACUUUUAUAAAAAAAUAAUGUAUUCCAUGCAAGACGGAUAUGUGGUAUACACAUAUGCAUGAAGAAUUAAGAUGGACACUCUGGGCAAUUGCAUGUAGAUCGCAAUGACUGGCAAGCUGCGUUUAGUUAUAUGGUAUGCGCAUGCCUAAAUUUCAAUAUGGGUUCCAGCGAGUGGUGACAGAGAUAACCUAUGUGGGACUGAGGUGGGCUGAAUGCUGGCCAGUGUUUCACACACCUGUAAUGGAGAUCACAGUUAAAGAGCUCGUGGUUUUACAUGUUUAAAAGGAUACGAACGUGGCUCUUGAUUUCAUUCCGAAACAACUGAAAGACCUCAUUGUUUAAUUGCAUGACCUUUUUGUCCUUGCUCACGGUGAUGAAUUUCACUUGCAUUUAGCACCCCCGCAUGUGCGCGUGUCACGGAAUAAUGUUUGGUGAGUUCUGUGACAUGGUUCUUUAUGACGCCACUUAAUUCCAUCUCUGUUUAUAUCACAACCAUUUCAGUUCGCAGGACCAAUAUUGCUGACAAACGGCCUCGUUACACAACGUGAUCUCAGGGUUAGCAUAUUGUGUUGGCAUAUAGGCGUUACGACCGUCUUAACGAUAACAUGGCUUUGUGGAGCAGGGUCCUGUUAGCUGUCGUCGGGUAUAUGAGUGAGUGAGUGAGUGAUGUUUUACACUGCUUUUAGCAAUAUUUCAGCAAUAUCACGGCGAUAGACACCAGAAAUUGGGUUCACACAUUGUAUCCAAGUGUGGAAUCGAACUCGGAUCUUUGGCGAACGCCUCAACCACCAGGUUACCCCACCACCCCGUCAAAUAUCUGAAAUCCAAGAUAAUAUUUAUCUGAGAAAUCUUACUUAGAAUGUACUAUUUGAGUCUGUGUGUACGCGAAUCGAUUCAAAUGGAAUGUAACGGUAUUGUAACGGUAUUGUAACGGUAUUAUGUGGCUGAUGAAGUCUCAACAAUCGUUGAUAUCAAAGCGUGCCAAAGACUGCAAGAUGCCCAUAGCAUUGAAUACAGGGUAAUGAUUAUCAUUUUAUGACAUUUGUCAGAAUAAAAAGACUCAAUAAACUGCAGGGCCAAAGAAAUACGGUGACCCAUGACUAAAGAUUAAAUGAACCGGGCAUUUGAUGGUAAUGCAUUUGAUACGGGUGUCACUGUUGUGUUGAACCUUACGUGUGCAGUGGUGUGACGAUAACUUUCUGUCUUAUAACGUUUUGAUGACGUUUGUAUUGUCUUGUUAAUUUCAAGUUUUCUCUUGCCGCGCAGUUUAUAUGAGCUGAGGUGCUACAAUGCCAUGUGUGCAAAACACAUCAACAUUAAUUAAUAAUUUGGUAUUCUAUAAUAUUUGUUUAAAUUUUAGUUAAGGUUUCAGUAACAUGUAGCAUUUUGUCAACAGUUAUGUUCCAUUUCAAGUGCUUGCAGUGCUAGUUAGUCGGGAUAAAUCUGAGGAACCAAGGUAGCUCCGCUAGUCGCUGCCCAUCCGGAAUCUAAUCUCGAAAUUAAUUGCGUGACGGUUUCACAUAAAAGCAACGCGUUGCCGGUUGCGUUAGAGACGCUUCUUAUUUGAUUAUCAGUUAUUUAGUUGCAUGUUUUAUAUGCUCGUGGUCCCUGUGUUGUUCUCAUCAGGAAGUGUCAGCAUCAGAUCAGCGCUGUAGAUGCAAGUGUUUAGUGUAGUAUUACACAGUAUUACACACCGUGUGCUUGCUCAGCACAAAAUGGUUGUCAUGGCGAUUGGCUCCUUAUCUUAACCCGGUGGUGUGUAUUUUACUUUGUCCGUCUUUGGACCAAAGGUUCACGUGACAAAGUCACCUGACGCGGAUUAAUUCAUGACCAUAAGCCAAAAGAUAAAUGAGAAGUGAGGUAGCUGUACCCACGUAGCUAGUUCAGGCGUGCUGACAGUAUAUGUACAAUCUAAUGAUGAUGAUCUGAUGGAAUAUAAACGUUAUACACGUCAUAUGCGUCUUCAGUUCCCUGUACCUCCCGUGGACAGGCCUGGUUGGAUGUCAGUUGAAGUAGUCAUCGUUGUCUGUGUGACAACUGAAAAGUCGGAGUAUGACUGGCGUGUGCGACGUAUGGGACAGAACCUGGUACAAUGGUCAGACCGAGUCUCCAUUCAGCAAUCUGGAGUCUCCUGUAAUCUAUGAUUGAAGCGUUGUAAUGCUGGCGAGAGUACUCCGACUGAAAUAUUGAAACCAGUCACGUGGACGUACCAUAAACAUUUAUAUUUUCCUGGCAUAUCACGAUUUAGGUUCUUUUGAAAUUUGAGGUUGUUCAUUCUCUUUAGUGAAUCUUUUCUGUGAAGUUCGUCAUGAUGUCUAAUGAUAAUCGCGAUAGGCGUUUAAUGUUAGAUAUCGCUAAUAGCAGAUUUUGUGGAGAUACGGGUCAGGUCUCCCGUUGAUCUUGAACGCUGCUGUAAUCUUUCUAAGUCAGGACGACGGUCAAUGUUGUAUUUGCUGGUUUACAUAUAAUGUCAUUUAGAAUAACCCCUACACCAGCUCAACUCCAUAACUCUGUCAAAACGUCUCAUAACCUGGAUUCUGGGUUCGAAUCUCGGAUUCGGAAUUUAUCAUUCUUGGAUCUAUACCCGUUGGUUAUGGUUAAUUAACCACAUAUCGAUUUGUGUAAAGAAGUCCCAUUGAUAUCAUCGAUCGUUUAUUCCGAUUUGAACUAAUGCGCUAAAAAUCGCCGUCCAAUCAAAAACGUCUAAUGAGCGAAGGAAAUUUGGUGCUAACUCAGGGCUGAUUAACGUGCGACGUCACUUCCCAUAAAUAGGCUAAGAUGAUGAAUGGUUGAAGGAAAUUGAUCACACUUAUAGAAUGAAGAGACGGUAAUACCCUUAACAGGUUAAUUGUCCAAUAAUUUUAAACUCGUUUAACUCAUAAUUGAUUAUAAAGUUUAACACGUAAUAAUCUCAAGUUAGUGUUCAUAAGCAAACAUCUAAGCAGUGAUUUCAUUACGAGGCUAACAACGAGUAUAUUUACAAAUGAUUUGGGACUAUUGGGAGGUUGCAUCAAAUAUUUAAAUACAGUAGUUGUAACCUUUGUUCCAUUUAGGAUUUGAAUACAGUUAUCGUAUAGACAGGUUGAGGACAAUAUAUGUACUCACAUUUUGAUAGCGCAAAACACAAACACACUUGAAAGCUUACAGUAAGUUUUCUAACUAGUUUUGACAUUAAUAUAGGCCUUUGAAAAGGGAUUUUGUGUUUGAGACAAAAUAGUACCAUAUUUAUUUCAACUCAGGGCGAUUCGUCAGUUUUCCAAAGCAAUGUUUGACUUAUCCAUGCAUGAUUUAUAGAUACAUAUUUUAGUAAUGUACAUAUUUAUUUCAAAUGUAUUCGAGCUUCAAAGGAUGUGGCAAUAAUUAUUGCUGUCAAAAUCCAUAUCUAAUAAUGGGUAUUUUGCUUAUACUUGAACGUCUUCAUCGGCAUUUAUCUGUUUAUCUGCAUUUUUAUUGGGAAUAUUUUAUGUACAUAAACGUCAUAUAUGAA